CAUAGGAGACCGCUACUUAAAUUUUUUCAGCCUGUUUAAACCCAUUCUUUUAAAUGAUUUCAUGCGAAAUUUAUAUAUGAAACUGGAUAUUUGUCGAACUAAUCGAUGACCAAUGGUGAGAUUUCUGCUGUCUGGAUAUCAACAGUUUCAAUGAGUGUUGGAGGAGAUGAAGCAUCAGGGCCGAUGUUGCAGAGGAAGGAGUCAUAUUCUCUCCUCUCUACAUCAGAGAAGUGGCUCUUCAAAGGGAAGAAGAGGAAGCAGAGGAAGAGAGAUGUGGAUUCACUCAGCCUGUGCAGCCUGGACAUCAAUGAACCCAGCACCAAGCGGGUGAAGCCACUGUCUCGGGUGACGUCGCUGGCGAGUCUCAUUCCUCCAGUUAAAUCUGCUCCACUGAAGCGCAUCGGACAGACACUGCAGCGGUCCAUCAGCUUCCGCAGUGACUGCAGACCGGAGAUUAUGGCACCUCGGCCAUGGAGCAGGCAGGUUGUGCCGACCAUCACCAAACGGCGCGACAGCAAGCUGUGGAGUGAGACAUUUGAUGUAGGCCUGGGACAUAUGCUAUCCUCCAAAGAAAUUAAGAGACAAGAGGCCAUCUUUGAGCUGUCUCAGGGAGAACAGGACCUGAUUGAAGACUUGAAGCUGGCCAAGAAGGCAUAUCACGACCCCAUGCUGAAGCUGUCUAUUAUGACGGAACAUGAGCUCAAUCAAAUAUUCGGCACGCUGGACUCCCUCAUUCCACUACAUGAAGAUCUGCUGAGUCGCCUGCGAGAGGCCAGAAAUCCGGAUGGCUCAACUGAUCAUAUGGGCCAUAUUCUAGUCAACUGGCUCCCUUGUCUUGAAACCUACAACAGCUACUGUAGUAACCAGGUAGCAGCGAAAGCAUUGCUGGACCAUAAGAAGCAGGAUCAUCGGGUACACGACUUUCUUCAACGCUGUCUGGAAUCACCCUUUAGCCGAAAACUGGACCUCUGGAACUUCCUGGACAUCCCGCGCAGUCGACUGGUCAAAUACCCACUACUACUGAGAGAGAUCCUCAAACACACACCCAAUGACCACCCCGACCGGCAGCACCUGGAUGAAGCUAUUCACAUGAUCCAGAGCAUCGUGGCCGGUAUUAACACACAAACGGGCGAGUCGGAGUGCCGUUACUAUAAAGAGCGCUUACUGUAUCUGGAAAGUGGCCAGAGAGAUUUACUGAUCGAGAGUUCACGGAUCCUCAUCUGCCAUGGAGAACUCAAGAACAACAGAGGAGUUAAGCUACACGUGUUCCUGUUUCAGGACGUGUUGGUGAUCACACGGGCGAUUACCCAGAAUGAGCAGCUGUGGUAUCAGCUUUACCGGCAGCCCAUUCCUGUGAGAGACCUGGAGUGGGAGGACUUGCAGGACGGAGAGAUGCGAGUCGGUGGAUCCAUUAGAGGAGCCUUCAGCAACAAUGAACGGACCAAGAACUUUUUCCGGGUGAUGUUUCAUUGUGGAGGACAAAUGCAGAUGCACUGCUUCCAGGCCAGCGACGCCUUCAACAAACAACAGUGGCUCAACUGCAUUCGACAGGCUAAAGAAGCAGUGGGAUCUGCAGAAUCAGAACCAUCCCGAACCCCACAGAUGGACAGAGAGAAGCAGCAUAAUGACUGCUCGGACUCUAACAUGAUGGACACCACAGAGGAUUCGAGCUCUGAAUACCCACAAAUGGACCUCGCAGACAUAACCGUCAGCCCCGUGAAAGAGUAAACGCUACGCUGUGCAUAAACAUUUGUGGUUCUGCUUAACCAGCGAUCCUGUUCAGUAUUGUGUUAUAAAAUAGCCGCUAUUCAGGAAGCACUUCUCUGGAACUGACACUAUCUUCAAUUUUUUAAAGGAUCAGUUCAUGUUUUGAGAUUUUAAAUUUCCUCACCUGCUUGUCAUUCAAUAUGUUCAUUUCUCUUUCAAAAUAGAAAUAAAUGUUUUUGAGGAAAACAUAGAGGAUUUUUCCUCAUACAGUGCACUUCAGUGGUGCUCAGUGGUUUGAACUUGAACAAACUGGCGUUUCAGUGCAGCUUCAAAGGGCUCUUAAUGAUCUCAGAUGAGGAAUAAGUUUCUUAUGUCGAGUUCACAUUGCAAGAUUUUAUCUGACUUUCAUUCGCUGACAGGUUUCGUGAAACUGCAGCCAAAAGUUUAAAAUCUGAGGCAAAUGGGUGUGAUUUUUCAUAGAUGUGAUCUAAGAGAAUUGCAGACGUGAGGAAACAUUCGCUUGAGCAGCCGCUACAGCAGCACAUUCCAAAACUAUUUACUGAACCCCUUUUUUCUCUUUUUGCACAAUCCUUGUUCCCUGCAUCGAACCCAGGCUCAUUCUGAAAACGUACCUCUACAGGUAAAUACGUUCCGGCGGCACGUUUUCAGCAGUUCUUGUUUUCGCGAAUCCACUAGAGGCCGCUGUGUAUGCUUUUUGAGAUCUCAAAUUUCCCUCGCUAGUGCCAUUCGCACCUGCUGUUCUCGCGUAAACCCACCAGAGGCUGCUGUCGACUGACUUUUUGACAGACUUUUUGACUGAGCGAACGAUCGACUGACCCACCCUCCCCCUUCCCUAAACCCAACCACCUUUAUCAAUUGACCCGCCCACCCAUUUCCCUAAACCCAACCAACACGUUUCAAAAGCAAUCCAAAAAAAGAAAAGCCCUAGUCUGAUUUUUGUACCACAUUUUUAGAUUUUACCACAUUCUCACUCUGCUAUUUACUUGUUUGUUUUAUUUUUUGGAUUCUGUUUUUUUCUUUCCUGCUUUCUGGAACCGUUCUUUACUGAACUCAAACCUGUCAUCGUGGUCAACUCCUCUCUACGUCUCAAGUCCGCUGACGUACAUGGCACGCUAACAGGACAAACUGGUUGCAGCCGGAAUGCUGUCCAUACGGAGGUAAGCGGUCAGCUUGUAAGCGCGAAAAGGAACGGCGUCACACCGCCCUGUAGUGUUCAUUGUAAAAAAAAUUAAAUGCAGCAAUACGUACCUCCGGCUACGUAAUUCGGGGCCUCCAGAAACGUCUGCUGGGCUACAAUUUCCUCCUCCAAAAUAUCUUUUCUUUUUACCCUUUCACUGCAUUUGAAUUGCAAAUGAUUAAAAAUACUUUUUGCGGGGUAUUAUUUCCAGUCUGGCACAUGGUCUUGAGUUAUUUUCUUAUCAUUUCUCUCAUGCGUUUGUGAGCCAGACAGAGUUGUUUAAAAAGCAAUCCAGAAAAAGAAAAGCCCUCGCACCUCUCAAAAAAUGUAACUACACUUCGCAACAACGAGUAGCACAAGCUCUGUGAUUGGUCGGCUUGGUAUCGCUGACGAGUGUGGGCGGGACCAAGAGCCGCGCGAGCCCACUGGAGCGAUUGUUUACAAGUGUGGAGUCCCGUGAAGGACCUCCGGAUGGAAAGUUUUUUGUGUUUACCUCAUGGUUAAAGUUGUUGCACGACCACUGGUUCCUGCCCUAAAAUGAGCGAGUUUGAACCACUUGUACGGAAGCGUUCAGAAAAAACAAAACACCAGUGAGGAAACUCAACACAGAGGAACAUAAACACCUCAUUGCCAACUAGUGUUUCGGAAGUGUUAUUGCAGAACAACAGAAACAGCACGCAGAAGUAUGAACGCACAGCUACGUGCGUUGCAUGCACCGUGGGUCACGCUGAUUACUUGACGCAGAAGUAUAAACCAGGUUUUACCCUGUUAUUUACUUGUUUAUUUUAGUUUUUGUUUUACCUGCUUUCUGGAAUCGUUCUUCGUCAGAAUCAAACCCUGUCGUCGCAGUCAACUCUGCUCCACAAGUCCAUCGUCGUACACGGCGAGCCACUGGGCAAACUGUUAACAGCAGAAAAGUCAUCCAUACGGUCAUCUGCAACAAGUAACGCAAAAAAAGAACGGCGUCAAACCACACCAUAGCAUUUGUUUUAAAGACGAAACGCAGCUAUACUUACCACUGGCUACAUAAGCUCUUUCUGUGCUCUCCAGAAAUGUAUAAAGGUGUACGUUUUCAGAAUGAGCCUAUGUUGGAUCCAUCAGUGUGAACACAGCAGAAACUGAACGCUACCCCAGAUACUCCCGCAGUGAGAAAACAACAGCCAUCUGGAGAUUUUGAAGAUCUUGCAGUGAGAUCUUGGCAUUCUUGGUGAAGCAAUGUCAUUUUCUUAACAAAAUACAAAUGGAUGUAUUUUUUAACCACAAAAUCUUAGCUCUGGAGCUCAUUCUUUUAUGGUUAAAAUGUGUAUGCAAUUUAAAUUUCUAUUAAAAUGAUCAAUCAUUUUGCAGUUUACAGUCCAAACCACUGAACACCAGAAAAGUCCUCUAUAUGCAGAAACGGUCUUGUUUUUCCUCAAAAAUCCUAAUUUCGUUUUGACAGAUGAAAUAAAUAAAUUGAAUGACAAGACCGAGAGAGUAAAUUGUGAGAAUUUUCAUUCUGGAAGUGAACUAAUCCUUUAAAGCAGGGGUGCCCAAAACUUUUCUUAUGAAGGGCCAACAACCAAACUUGAUUGAGUGUGGUUGGCCAAAGGUAAAUAUAUCAAACUAUUCUGUUAAAUUUGCCAUGGCUAAUUUGCUAAUUUAUUUAAUAUAUAAAAAUUACAAGAAAAAAAAUUGCUUUAUAUUACCUAGUGCAGUUUAUAUAUUUUAAUUUUAUAAUUAACUUAUUACAGUUAAAAACAAUCUCAUUUAUAACAGAAUGGGGUUAAACUAGCCAAGCUGCUCCUGUUUUUGUCUUGAUUUGCUCGCCGAUGUCUUCUGCAUUGUCUUCUAUCCGUCGAGUGACAGUAUUUUUUUUUUUUUAAAUAAUCAAAUUCAUUUACAAACAUGUAAUUUAACAUUUAAUUUUAGUUUGCUUUUUUGUAGCUCAGCAAACCAAAAAGGUUACGUUAAAUUAGAAAUUAUGAUCUCUGUUAAAGUCUCUUCUCAGACGGGAUGGUGGGGAAAAGGUUACCAUGGGCCAACUUUGGCCCGUGGGCCCUAUUUUGGGCAUCUCUGCUUUAAAGGGACAGUUCAAACUAAAAUAAAAUUUUUGUCAUUAUUUACUCCGCCUUCACUUGUUUCAAACCUGUUUGAGUUUCAUUUUUCAGUUUAACUCAAUGGAAGAUAUUUUGAGGAAAAAUGAAAACCUGUAACCACUGACUUCCACUCAUGUUCUACUAUGACUAUUGACCAAGUCAAUGUUUAUGGGGCUUCAGCUUUCUUCAAAAUAUAUUAUUUUAUGUUCAACAGAAAAAUAGAAACACAUAAAGGUUUAUAACCAAUUGAGGGUGAUUAAAUAGUGAGUAAAUAUUUUUGGGUGAACUAUCCCUAUUCCUGUGCCUUUCUUUGACUCUUUCUCUGACUAUUUGUCUACUGCAAAUCUUUGAGAAUGUGCCAUCUGCGUUCCACAUUUGUAACACUGGAUCUGCCUUUUCACUUUAAUGAAGUCAAACACACUACUGUCUCAGCAAGAACACACACACAUGCACAAGGUGAAGGGUUGUUUCGGUGUUCAAUCAGUAAUCAACUGUUCAAAAUAGACCAGUUGAAUGUUUUCUCGAGUUGGUGCUCUGGUAUAUGGUAUAUGGUGCUCUGAAGAAGGAGCAUUUAUUACAGGUAUUCAUCUCAUAUGUCACAGCACUGCAGAUUAAACAUUUGGGUAACACUUUAUUUGAAGGGGGUGUUUAUAAGACUGUCAUGAAACCUUUAUAAUCAUGAUGACACAUGUAGGGAAUAUGAAGGAGUUUUUUACGCAUGCACAUGACGAUCAUUAAGAUUCAAUAGCUCAGUUACGUCAUUUUAAAUGCAGAGAUGACCUUGUUUGAUAUGUAUUUGUUAUGACAACUUGACAAACAAAAACAUCACAACCUAUCUUUAUCAUGACAUUAUCAGGACAAAAGAACUGUCAUAAAUCUGUCAUAAACAUGAUCGUCAUGAUGCUAUUAUACAGUAAUUGUGUCUUGAAUUUUAUAACAGUGUCAAUAAUAUUUUUUGACCUCAACUACAGUGGUACAAAUUAAAUUUGUCAUUAAAAUGCCAGUGGCGACAUGGUCUCUCAGUGGUUAGCACUGUCUCCUCACAGCAAGAAGGUCACUAGUUCAAGUCUCGAAUGGGUCAGUUGUCAUUUCUGUGUGAAGUUUGCAUGUCUGCAUGAUGUUUACUCUGGGUACUCCGGUUUUCCCCAGUCCAAAGACAUGUGCUAUAGGUAAACUGAAUAACUAAACUAAAUUGGCCAUAAUGUAUGAAUGUGUGUGUGAAUGAGUGUGUAUGUAUGUUUCCCAGAACUGGGUUGCAGAUGGAAGGGUAUCCACUGUGUAAAACAUAUGCUGGAUAAG